AUUAAAAAAACAUUAACAUUAACAUAUUUUCAACAGAAAAAAUCAAAACUUCAAAACAUAAACAGUCAAUAUUGUCAAAUUUAUUUUUCUCAGUUCAGUUGAUAUUGAGAUUUUCAUAAGAACAGUUGUGUUGAACGGAGCGAUUUGAAUUUGUUCUCGAAGAAAAUAAUUACAAAAAAAAAACCUGACGCAAAUAAUAAAUAAACAAAAAAUAUUUUCUUACUGAAUAUUGUGGAAUAUUUAUAUAUUCGUAAUACAAUUGUAUAUAUACAAUAUACAACAAAAUCAGCGGAUACCAAAAUAAUUGCCGAAAAAGCAUACGUUUUGCCAUGGACGUCGACGCCGAUGAGAUACGCGCUUUGGCUUAUCUGAUGGCGUUUAAGACGGCUUGCGUGAAUGUACCGUUUGGUGGUUCCAAGGGUGGCAUACGUAUCGACCCGAAGAAGUAUACUGCACAAGAAUUGCAAACAAUUACGCGUCGCUAUACAAUGGAGCUAUUACGUCGCAAUAUGAUAGGUCCGGGUAUAGAUGUACCGGCACCAGAUGUGAAUACCAGCCAACGCGAGAUGAGUUGGUUGGUGGAUCAAUAUAUUAAAACUUUUGGCUAUAACGAUGUAGAUGCAUUGGCCAUCACGACUGGUAAGCCAGUAGAAAUAGGCGGUAUAAAUGGUCGCACCGCCGCCACGGGACGUGGUCUAUUUAAGGCGGCUGAAUGUUUUAUUAUGGAUAAAGAUUGGAUGGAUUUAUUAGGCUGGAAGACUGGUUGGAAAGAUAAAACCGUGAUCGUACAAGGGUUUGGCAAUGUCGGUUCCCAUGCAUCCGUUUUUGUAGUGGAAGCCGGUGCCAAACUGAUCGGUGUUCAAGAAUUUGACGUGUCUCUAGUAAAUGAGAAUGGCAUUGAUCCAAAGGACUUAAUGGAGUAUUAUGCAAAAAAUAAUAAAUCAAUCAAGGGCUAUACCAAAGCCACCGAAAAAGAGGGCAGUUUGUUGGGUGAAAAAUGCGAUAUACUAAUGCCUUGCUCUACGCAAAAGGUUCUCACUGUCGAAAAUGCUAACAGUGUACAAGCCAAGAUGAUUUUAGAAGGCGCUAAUGGUCCUUCGACGCCAGCUGCCGAUGAAAUAUUACGUAAAAAGAAUGUACUCAUUAUACCGGAUUUGUUUUGCAAUGCUGGCGGUGUAACGGUAUCCUACUUUGAGUACUUAAAGAAUAUCAAUCAUGUAUCUUAUGGCAAAAUGAAUGUUAAACGCGAGAAAGCCAUAAUCAACGAGAUCUUUAACUCCAUGAAUGAGUGCGAGGAUAAGUUCAAGCCAAACAAAAAGUUUAAGCUCAUAAGAGACUGUACGAAGGAGGCGGAUAUUGUAGACGCAGGACUACAAACAAUUAUGGAAACUGCGGGGGCAGGCAUUAAGAUUGUGGCCAAUGAAUUCGGUCUCUGCAAUGAUUUACGCACCGCUGCCUUUAUUUACUCGAUUUCUAAGAUUUUCCGAGCCUUAGAAAUGGAGGGCAUUUCUCAACAAUAAUUACAGAAUGCGUCUGAAGUCGCUUGGCGAUUAUUUAUUUUUACAAAUUUUACAUUUAUAUAUUUAUAA